GCAAGGGGAUUCCGAGAAUAAACAAUUCGUCAGACUCGACUACAGGUCGCAGAGCCUGAUUACUUCGAUCCAAAUCGUUUUGAAACAAAUCUACCGUUUGCUAUUCAUUUUUCAUCAUUAAUGCGCGUUAGAGAAAUGCGACCUUUUUACUGAGACUAUCGGAUGGAUUUCCUCCUGUCGAAUAAUGAUGCGGCUUUUCGGUUGAGUGGGGUCCACUGCCAGCCAGCGGUGUAGACAAACCCAAGCAGGUCCCCCCUCUGAGAUCAAGUGAGUGGAAAGGCACCACAGAGUGAACCGCCCCCAGGCUUCCUGACAGACAGACAUCCGAAACAUCCGCAACCACGGAAUGCAUCAAAAUCACUGUGGUGGUGAAACCCGCUGACUCCUCGUUCCUCGCCGUUCGCUGCAUAAGCUUGGACCCAGGCUUUCUGGGAGCAUCCGGUGUCACAGGCACACAGGAAUGCCAGUGAUGGCUGGGUGAGAGCCCCUAAAUGGCUCCGGUCAUGGCCACAGUUUCUUUGUGUUAGUGUCAUUUUCCACUUUGGAGAAGGGAAUACUGUACAUUGAGCCAGUGGAAUCCAGAACCUGUAAAAUAUUCUAGAACCUGCCCAUGUGUAUCCUCACCUCUUAUCAAUAUCUGGAAGUUCUGUACCUGAUGACCUAGUGGACCUUGUUAUUCCCAGUAGCAGUGCUGAACCAUACGAGGGGAUCCUAGUAUUGAACAUGACUCAUGGGGAGGAGCCUGGCCCUGAGACACACACGGAUUCAGCUGUUCUAACUUAUCUGGAAGGUUUACUGAUGCAUCCCGUGGCGGCUGGGCCUGGGGCCACGGCAACCCGGAGAUCGGAGGCUCCCCACGGGCACGGCAACCAGAUGGAACAGGUCAACAAGGCGGCCCGGCCCUUCCAGCUGCCCAGCCACAGCCCUGCUAUUGCCGCUGUUCAGAAGGCUGGCAAUGGGAACAGUCCCACACUGCACCAUGGGGCCUCCCAGAACCUGAAGAAGGCCCGGCUGCUCCGCUCAGGGCCCUGGAACGAGCCUGGGGCCCAGAGGCUAGCUCCCCCUGUGGAGUUGAACGGCCAGGGAGGAGGAGGAGGCGGCCUGCAAAACGGGGCCCUGGAGGGCUCUCCUCACGCUGGGGAGAGCACACUGCUUGCCUCCCUGCUCCAGUCAUUCAGCUCCAGACUGCAGAGUGUGGCCAUGUCGCAGCAGUCCACCAAACCCCCCAGCGAGCACUCCCCACCCACCGAUCCCCCUCCUCCUGCAGACAAGGAGCAGCUCCCCUGCUACGGAAUGGCCUCCAGCCGCCUCAAGGGCCUGAUGAGGAAGACCAAGCUGCAGAACCACAGCAGCACGCCUUACAGCCGGCGAGGCCACAGCCGCGGCCUCAGCCAGGAAAGGUCCUGUGAGUCCCCCCGCUCGGUGCAGAGCAGCACGCCUCCCACCGCCCCCACUGUUGCUGCUGCUGCCACUGAUGCUGUGUCCUGUGCUGAACGGCUCAAAGCUGUGGCCAACCUGGUGAAGAUCCGCUCCAGCCCUGCCCCCUCUCCCAAGCCCAGUGUGGCCUGCAGUCAGCUGGCCCUUCUGCUGUCCAGUGAGGCCCACCUGCAACAGUAUUCCCGGGAGCAGGCCCUCAAGGCCCAGCUCUCUGGACGCUCGGCCAGCGAGAGGCUGGCCGCCAUGGCAACGCAACAGACCCAGGACAAGAGACCGCCCAGCACAGAAGAUGCUCCGCCCACCAGCGCCACCACCACCACCCUAGACGUGCUAAGCUCCUUAACCUCCCAAAACGGGACAACGACAGCAACACUCCCCCAACUGGCACUAAACUCCAGCUCCAGCCAGCAGAGCCCCUCCUCUCUGCUGCCAGUCCACAUCACCACACCCAACCCCCCUCCUCUGUCCCUCACCCCCAACACCCAGACCCAACCCCAAACCCCCACUAGGGAGAAACGGGGAUUUGAUUCGCGCGCCACCAGGCCCCCCCAGACCUGCAGCAGCCUGCUCCUGCUGCUCCUCAACAACCACAACAACCAGAAGCAGCUGACUAAGAACGGGCACCUUGAGGACGACUGCGGGGUCCUGCCUGCCAGCCGCGGCUCCUCAGUUACUUCUGACAGUGAGUGCUCUGUCCAGGAGAAAAGCCUGGCCAAGAGAGAGGAGAGCUGCAGUGAUGCAGAGAUCUCCUUCUCCAGCUGCUCUCCUAUUGACCUCUCUAUGAGGAGCAGGGCUAACACCAGAGCUCCAGAGACCAGGCCUAAAGCCACCUCCUCCUCCACGUCUGCUUCUUACUCCUCUUCUACUGCUUUCUCCUCUAACUGUUCUUCUGCUGUUUUCUCCUCGGCCCCCACUGUCUUUUCCUCUUCCACUACCGCUUUCUCUUCCUCCUCUACUGUUCACUCCUCUUCCUCCACCACUUUCUGUUCCUCCUCGUCCUCGUCCUUAGACAAACUUACUGAGUCCCUUCUAAACAAGUGGAAGCCGGAUCCCUCCGGGCCGAAGGUCACCCAGGUUAAGAAGGAGCUUGAAAUGAGCCCAGACCUUAAAUCCCAGCCCAAGGUCACUCUCAUGCAGCUCCUUCUGGAGCGCAGGAAUAACGACAAGGUAAACAAAAUUGUGGUUAAUCCAGAUUUGCAGCAUGACGCAACUCUGUCCAGUCUGUCACGGGUCCCACUUAAAUCACUGGCCCCCUGGGAGGAAGUCAGGAUACAGAGCCCUCUGGACAGACCAAGCCCAGCCCUUCCCAUGUACUCUCUCAGCCGAGACCCCAGCAGCACCCCAUCCCCGUUCUCCUACCCCUCUCCCUAUGUCCAGUCUAGCCCUCUGGAUCUAUGUAAGUCCAAACCCUUCCCUGUUGAGAAAGCUGCAACUGAGCCGGCGUUCAGCGCCAGCAAACUGUUACAGAACCUGGCCCAAUGCGGCACCGCCUCACCCUCCCCGCCCAUGGUUCCCAGCAAAGUACCCAGCCAGGAUCUGGAGAUGGGUGGUGGCAGGCCUCUGGCCCUGCUGGAGAGGCUCAACGCCCCUAUCCAGAGGAACACAACAUGUACCCCCCUCUCAAACGGGCCCUCAGGCAGUGGCACACCGUCGUUCAGCCGUUGGGGGGAAGUGUCGCCCCCAGCGUCCCAGAUCGAGAAUCUUCUAGAGCGUCGCACGGUGCUGCAGCUCCUGCUGGGUGCAGGUUCCUCCUCUACCUCCUCCGUGGCCUCAGCCACCCACAGAGACUGGUCUGGUGGGAGGGGCAGUGUGGAGACCGCGGCAGGGGGCUGCUAUGAGAAGCCCCCUGGCACUUCUGUCAUCUGUGACAACUCCAACGGGCCUACGGCAGCAGACGUCAAGGUCAAAACUGAACCGGGGGAGGAGGGCCUGGACCUGUUGUCCUCUGCUGUGUGUGAGGAUGUGACGAGCCAAAAGAGACGGGGAGGAGGAGCAGGGAAUAACUACAGGCAUAACCCAUUCUCUGAACCCCAGCAGGACCUAAAAACAGAGCCCCGGCCCACAGAAGUCAUUGCUAAAUAUGGCCUCCUGAGCCAGCUCUUAAAACAGCAGAGCGCUACCUACUACACCAGCGCUGCACAACUGCAAACAGAUCACCGGCCCAGCCCUGUCCAUGUAAAGGAGGAGCAGAGAGACUACCACCACCAGGGGCCCAGCCCUGUCCAUGUACAGGAGGAGCAGAGAGACUACCACCACCAGGGGCCCAGCCCUAAAAAGAUACGUCUCUGCACAGAGCUGGCUGAGAGCCUGAACAAUGGCAGCCCUCAGAGGGCAGUGGUGGACAGUGGAGGCAGCUACAGCUACAGCAGCCUGGUUCACAGCCUGGUCCAUAAGCAGAUACAGGAGGAGCCUGACUACCACAAGGCCCUGAGGGGCCCUAAAGUGGAAGAGACCCCAGCCAGGAGCCCCAGCAGUGAAGCUCUCCUCCCUAGGGAGAGCCGGGGCUUCAAUGUGCUCAAACAGCUGCUCUUGUCUGACAACUGUCUGAAGGAGCUGUCCCAGCAUCCCCGGGGGGGACCCAGUCCCUCUGUCCUGCAGGCCAACGGUAAAGCCAAUGGUAGCGUCCUUAACCUCAAUCAGCCGGGCUACAAUCACCACAACCUCCUCAACCUCCCUACCCUGCCCUGGCACCACCCCAACCCCCAUAACUCCCUCAGUUCAGGGCCUCCCACCCACCUCAGACCACAGCCAACAACCCCCCCAACAGGGGACAGCAGCCAACGCUCCCCCUGGGGGCGCCACACUGCCCUCCCACCCCACCAGGACUCGCCCAAACGGGACCCCACUCCAGUGAAACGGGAGCCGGAGAGUCCAGGGCGGUGGGCAGGUCGGGACCGGGAGGAGGAGGGCUCUGAUUCGAGCCCAGACUCCCCCCGGCUGACCCGCUCCAACCCCAUCCUAUACUACAUGCUGCAGAAAGGCAGUGCUCAGCUGAGGAGGGAGGGGAGGGACCAGGCAGAGGGGACCCAGGGGUCAGUGCCAGGGGGGGUGAGGGUGAAGGAGGAGCCGGGUACUAACAGCAAUGAUGCCUACAACCACAGACUGAGCUCCACCACCACCUCCACCCAGCACUCCUCCCUGUCCCCUCCCUACAACAACGACAAGCACAGUCACAAGAACUAUAGGCUGAGUGACUCAUCUGAUAAAUGGUAGUUUUAUGAACAAAUUACUUUUAUGAACUAAAACAGAAAAAAGACACAAGGGGGAAAAAAUCGCAAUGUUUCUUCUUUUUCUUCCUUUUUUACUGACUUGCCAAAUUCAUUUGUAGUUUAAUGAGAAGAAGUAACAGCAAGUAAUGCAGGAGUGAGGAUUUUGAAAGAGAAGAACAGAGAAAAUGAGUUCAAGGCAUUCGUUUCAUUAUUGUAUCAUAAUUCUAGAUGGCUCAGGUUACAGGAUGGGUGGUACGAUAUAGCUCUACUUCAACAGAAUGUCAAAUUAUGUGCCCCAAAAUAAUCGUCAAAUUUUAACGUUGCCCACUGGUGAUUUCCAUACAGUAUGAAUUUCACAUUCUCAAAUGAUUGAAAGACGGCACCAUUCAUUUUACUCCAAUGAUUUGUGCCUGUAUUGCACACAUAUCACUAUUCUGUGUCCUCUUUGUUGCUACUCGUAAAACAUUGAUGAAGAACAUUUCCAGCUACAUUUAUUAUUGAUGACUCCAAAAAUGUUAGCGCUCAGUUCACUGCAUAUUUAUUUAUUUUUUAGAUUAACAGAGAACAUCACUUUUAGAUCAGACUCUAAAUAAAGUCAUACCGGGGCAAGCACAGCAGUACAUUAAAAUGUACACAUUAGAGACAUUUUUAAAGGAAAACCUUGUGAACAAUGUUAAUCAAAUCCACUGAAGGUACCAAGAGUUCCAUUCUGUUUGAAUGCUCUGUAUCGGUUGCUACUGUAACUUCUCCUCAAGUGUGAUUUAAUUUUUUGAUCAUCAGUGAGUCAGCUGUCAACUGAUAGACUGGGCACAUGUGGUCACAACGCAUUGCAUUUUGCUUUGAUCUGGAAUGAACUUGUUGGGGCUUCGUUUUGACAGUGCAAAUGCAAGGUAACAUUGUCUUAAUAGAUGGUAAUACAAUGGGUAAUACAGCUAUUACUAAAUAGCAGUAGUAGAGGGUGUUUUAAAACCUUGCCGAGCCUACCUGUGGGGGGGUAUACAGGUUCGGCGCAACAGUUAAAAGACUGCAGUGUCUGCAUAACUGUUACAUUCCAAAUGAAUUCUAAAUUAACACCGCUCUCUCACACAUACUUCAUCUUGAUUUUGAAAUAUAAAUGAAUAUUAUGAAAUAAAUAAUACAGUCUCAUUUGAUAUUGUACCCCUGAGUUUGCACUGUCAAAGUUUAGCUCUUGGUGACCUUAAAAAUAAUAUGUUUAUGGCAUGUAAUGAAAAACUGUCAGUGUUGUUAUCCGUUGAGAAUUUGACAGUUUGUGAAGCUUAUUUUGUGUUUAUUGAUUCUCGUGCUUUAUGGACACCAUUUACUUUUUUUGCGGUUUCUUGGCUCAUAUGAAAAUGUCUAAAUAUUUGCAUGGAAAUAAAGAGAAAACCGCAGGUACAUUUGAAAGCAGCAGGACAUGACGUGAACCUGCCACCCAAGAAUCAUUGAGAUAUUUUUGGUGUCUUUUGAGGGCUUAUCUGAUGUCUAGCUCCUUAUUUUGAUUGUACUGUUUCUGGUUUCAGUUUCACACACUGCUGUCAUGCAUUUAGUCUUACAUGUGCUAUUUUUUUAUACAUAUACAUAUGACGUACAUAUGAAGUAGAUGUUUCUUCUAUUAUUAAAACAUUUUCACAAUGGUUAAACAUAUUUGUGUAAAUAGUACUUUCAUUAUGAAAGAUAACUAUUUUGUAUUGUUGAAGAAAAAUAUAUGACCCUAGUUUUUAAUGCCCUGAAAAAUGUAAAUAUGAAUUCAAUGCCUAUUAAUGUACAUACAUACAAAUGGCAGAGGAUACUAUGCCCGUUUUUUGUUUGGUUUGUUCUUUGCAUGUGUCUAUGUGGUAAAUGAUAAUCUAUCUUGCGCCGUGUUGUGUAAUACUGUCUGACUCUCCUCACUGCUGCCUGUUGCAUGCAGACGCAUGGGAACUACCUGUGUAUCCCUACUGGUGAUGGGGCAAAAUGUCAAGUCUUAAAAUAGGUAUUUUUAUCACAGAGAGAGGGUCAUUUAGAACAUGAACAGUCCCGAAAUAACCACAGACUGCUGAGCAAGUGGAGAAAAUGUGUGAAAAUAAAACGUGCAUUGAAUAUUUUUGUGAUUUUCUUUUCUGUUACUGGUUGACGACAGAGCUCGGAUUGGACGGCGCCUGAGGGUUUUAGCAGAUGAAUGAAGUACAAUCAUCAUUGUGCAUCGUGCAUCUGAAACAUGCAUUUGUAGCAAAAAGAUGUGUUUCGUUUUUCCCGUGUGACAACCUGAAACAUUAUUUCAUUUUUUAUGUUUGAUUUCUUUUGGUGUUCAUUUGCACUGAUAUCUCCAAAAUAAAGUACUAAAAUGCU